AUGCCACUUGGAGCGGCGAAUGAUGGACGCCAGGCACAAAAGUUGGUUGAACAGUUCCUUAAGCUGAAGCCGCCUAAAUUUGCGGGAAGCGGAGAUCCGGAGGCUGCUACCUCUUGGAUAGAGGAGCUGGAAAAAGCGUUCGCCCUACUAAGGUGUACGGAUGAAGAUAAGGUCACUCCGGCUAUUUAUCGGUUGCGGGGCAAUGCAAGUUCGUGGUGGAGAGCCACUAAGGACGGGGUCUUUCCGGAUGGUAUAGCCCCGAUAUGGGAUAGCUUUGUGGGAGCAUUUAAUGGAAAGUACUUUUCGGAUACUGCAAGGGAACAAAAGAUGGCAGAAUUCCUUCGUCUGCGCCAAAACCAAUUAUCGGUGGAUGAAUACAAGGCCAGGUUUAUUGAACUAUCAAAAUGUGCCCCAAGGAUGAUAGAGGACCCCGUAGAUAGGGCAAGAAGAUUCCGGGAUGGAUCGAAGUCGAAAAUCAAGAGCGUGUUGGUGCCGCUCAACUUGAAAGAUUAUGACGACCUAUAUGAGAGGGCGCAGAUGGUGGAACGUGAUUUCGCCGAGAGGGCUGCCGCAACCGGAUUGCUGUUUAUACCAUCGCACAGACGGGACAUUCGGCAAGGAAAGAGGCCGAUGCCCGGUGGCGGGCGCCAUAUCCCGCCCAACAGAAGAGGGGUGAUCAACAAGUCGGUUUUUCGUCGGGAUGACGAGUGCCGUCUAUGCCAUCAAAGGCAUGCGACUACUCAAUGCCCAUAUCAAGGAGGAGCCUGUUUUGGGUGUGGCCAACGUGGCCAUCAAGUGAGAGAUUGCCCGCAGAGGCAGCAGAGCGGACAGAUUUCUACGCCUUUAAAGGAUAGCGUAGUUACUACUGUAGGCUGUCCGAAUUGUAAGCUGGUAAUAGAUGGUCAUGAGGGUAGGAUAGACCUGAUCGUGUUAGAAAUGUUUGACUUUGAUCCGAUUGCUAGAAUGGACGAGCCGACAAGGCAAAAAGCCAUAGUAGAAUGUAGUCGUAAAGCAGUGCAAUUUAACCCAUCAAGUGAAGGUACCUUUGAGUUUGUUAGAGGUCGAGGUGGGGCCUCGAUGCUAUUGGUUUCAUCAUUGGAAGCUAUGCAUUUGUUGGAAAGUGGAUGCCAAGGAUACUUGGCGACGAUAGUGAUAAUAUGA